UACCAUCAUUGACUCAUGUUCCAGAUGCUGCUACGUGUUCAAUGGUAGCGCUUGUCCAUACCAUAGCAGCAAAACUUCACCCAAAAUUACUCGCAAGAGUGAGGAAUACUCUACACUCCAUUCUGCUUCGUGGCAUUUUCCAGGGGUACUGCUCCACUACAACCGGGAAACUGGCGUCUCACGGCUUUGCUUCCAUGGCAGCAAUGUCAUCCUUUCCCCCACAGCGGUAUCACUACUUCCUAGUGCUGGAUUUUGAGGCCACGUGUGACAAGCCACAGAUUCACCCACAGGAGAUCAUUGAGUUCCCCAUCCUGAAGCUAAAUGGCAGGACAAUGGAGAUUGAAUCCACCUUCCACAUGUAUGUUCAGCCAGUGGUCCACCCACAACUUACACCCUUCUGCACAGAGCUGACUGGAAUUAUUCAAGCCAUGGUGGAUGGGCAGCCCAGUCUCCAGCAAGUGCUUGAGAGGGUCGAUGAGUGGAUGGCAAAGGAAGGCCUCUUGGAUCCCAGUGUCAAGUCAAUUUUUGUAACCUGUGGAGACUGGGACUUGAAAGUAAUGUUACCUGGACAAUGCCAGUAUUUAGGGCUUCCAGUUGCUGAUUACUUCAAACAGUGGAUUAAUCUCAAAAAGGCAUACAGCUUUGCAAUGGGGAGCUGGCCAAAGAAUGGACUCUUAGACAUGAACAAAGGCCUGAAUCUACAGCACAUAGGAAGACCUCACAGUGGGAUAGAUGACUGCAAGAACAUCGCCAACAUCAUGAAGACGUUGGCCCACAGAGGGUUCAUCUUCAAGCAGACCUCCAAGCCCUUUUGAUCUCCAGGGCCGGCCGGACAGGGCUGCAUGCGGCCGGCUCCUGCUACAAGGGCGUGAUGGGCUAGAGCAUUCGAAUGACAGAAAGAGGACAGAGGAACGAGCAACCCCACGACUCCGUCAGUUUUGCUGUUCUGCCAGUAGAGGCUGUAUAUAUGGAACUGGAAUCUCUGUGUAGGCCUGACGUGACUCCCUCUCUGGGGCCAGCUGCCCGCCCAGCCUGGCCUAGCCUGCAGCCCCCUAGGGUGCUUGCUCCACAUGGUUAGAGAUGUAGAUUGUUUUCCCUUUUGUUGGCUUCUGAUUUCCAUUGGCAUCUUUCUCUCUCUCUCUGCUCACAUUUGCGCCUGUAGCAAGACCAUGGCGCAGUGUUUGGGGCACUUGCCCUUAUUAUUUUGAGUCCAAUAUCUCAGCAGCUGCCAUCACUCCCCCCCUUUCCCAUGUGAAUCUGUUACUGUGUCUUCUGCGUGUCAGCUAAAUAUUGACUGAGCAGCAUCCGGACAGCCCUUUUUCUUCAGCAGGCUCCCUGUCCCUCUCUCCACCUCCGUUUUAAGCAAACACUCCUCUUACUCCUCCUGUAUGUGACUAAGGAAGCUCAGCUUUCUGUUCAAGGUGAAGUGCCUGUAUUCCCUGCCCACUGGAGGCCACCUAUCUCCCUGGGACUCUGUUCAGCAGGAGCUAUCAUAGGCUGGAGCAUCCUGGUUGAUGCUUGCACCAUGUACAGCAUUUCUUGCUCUUGCCUCCUCCACGCAUGAUGUACCCUAUUGCGUACCCAUGAAGUACUUGUGCACGGCCCUCAUCAAGCAUGCAGUCCAUUGCAGGCAGUGGACAUACCCAUUACUACUAGCCUGGUGGUGGCUUGUGUUCCCAGCCUCAGUUCCUGGCAGGGCUCUACAAAUUGACUAAAAGCUCAGCCCUUUUAUUAAACUGACAUCCUCCCCACUUCCACAAUGGCACAUGGCAGCAACUGGUUUGUUGCUUAAGACCCAUGACCUCCUACCGCCCUGUACCAGUGUGAGAGGAAAGAGGAUAUUGACUCUUUUGUCCCCAACUGAGUGGUUUCCUGAAAUGUCCUACCCCACCCCUUGCCUUUGCUGAAUGGAUCCCCAGGCGGAUAGGUCCCAGCUGCUACCUCCUUGGGAGCUACACCAAGAGGGCUCUGCCCCUGCAGCAGUCAGGCUGUGAGCUAAUACAGGCACUGGGCCUUCCUGGUAAAUAAUGCAUGGUGUGUGGAUGUUCCAGCUGAACCCAACUGACUUCUUCAUCAGCUCGUUACUCCCAUCCUUGCUGUAAAUGUGCCACAUGAAUAAAGUUUGGGGGAAAGGAACAUGA